ACGGAUGAGUGUUUAACACAUGUGGCUGUUAGAGCAGGUACAAUCGUGCGGUCUCACAUGUUCCCUUCCCUUUAAUUUUGUUUUGCCUUUUAUUUAUUCUUUCACUCAAACCAGACAUGGAGAACGAAAAAAGCAGAGCAGCCGAAAAAGAAGACGAAAUGUUGGAAUUGAAAGACCAAAACCGGACAGAAAGCGAAGCGUUGAAUGAACUCACAAAGCAAAGCCAAGCAAAGUCACGAUGGGUCGGCUGGAGGCAAAAGUUCAAAGACAAAGAGUAUCGAAGGAAGCUACUGAGGACCCUAUGGCUCACCAUGGCCCUUUUCUCCUGGGGCAUCUCUGACGGCCAGAUUGGCCCCACCGUCCUUGACCUUCAGAUCAUCACCUCUACAGGGGUCAAGGAGGGGUCAGCCUUCAUCAUGGCCAGGAGGUUUGGCUACAUGGCCGGAGCCCUGAUGCGUGCCUGGAUCAGUAGGAAGAUCCACACAUACUUGCUCCUACUCGUAUCCCUGCUGGGGUUAGCUGGUUUCACCUUGCUCAUCCCGCACUGUUCCGUCUACCCAGCUAUGGUUGCUAUGCUCGCUCUGUGCGGGGUUAGCGGAGGGUUCAUUGCUACCAGCUGCAAUUCCGAGCUGAUGGGUCAAUGGGGCGAGCAAGGGAGGUCACUCAUGCAACUCAUGCAUUUUGGAUACGCCGUUGGUGGGGUGUUAGGUCCCUUGUUGUCGAAACCUUUCUUGGCAGUCAAGAGGGAUACACAAGAGACCAUAAAUUCAGAAGGAGUUCGAAAUGAUAGCCAGGUGCUCGUCAAUAGUUCUAGCUUUGGACCCAUGGAAAUUAUGACAUUUGUGAAUGGAACUUUCAACAGUAGUUUUCAGGACGGAGGAUUGGGAAACUUCCCUGCGUCUGAUAGUACUACGACGCCAACCACUCACAUACAGUACGCCUUUCUUAUUUCGGGAGUCAUUUUCUCUCUCACAGCUCUGCCUAUCUUCGGGGUCGUUUUCCAAGAAAGGUCAAGGCUUUUCGGAGCCAGGGUCACCGUAAGCGCCCAAUCAGAAACGGGAAUGAAGACUCGAACACUUCCGGUUUGUCUUCGCUUAUUCUUGGUGUGUUGCGUCUGUGUUUUUUUCUCCUUGCAUGCAGCCAUCGAGGACACAUUCACCGCGUACUUGAUGACCUUCCUCGUCAAGGAGUACCGCGAGGUCACCAAAGCCUUCGCGGCUUACGUCACGUCUAUCUACUGGAUAUCUUUCGCAAGCUUCAGACUGCUCAUGGCUUUCCUAUCGAGGUUUGCGUCUCCGCCUAGACUCAUGGGAAUAUGCCUGUCCAUAGUGGCAAUGUCUUUGGUCUGUUUUACAAUCAGUGCUUCGUUUGGACAGGUGACUUGUUUAGUCGUCUUCACAGUUACGUUUGCCAUUGGUAUCUGCGCGGUUUACCCUUCCGUAUAUUCUCUAUGUGAGUCGGAAAUAGUUCCCGUUUCAAUCCGACUCACCUCAGCGUUUUCUCUCUGCGCUGGUACAGGGUCGAUGCUGAACCCGUUACUGGUAGCCUAUCUGAUGGACACCUUCGGAAACAUGUGGUAUUGCUACACCCUGCUCUCCCAGAUUUCUACCAUGCUCGUGUUCUUUGUGUUUCUUCUGUCGUUUGUGAGGUGCUAUGUGAGCAAGAGUUACGGCCCUCUACGGCGUUAUGUGAGCGGGACAAUCCACUCGGAGUGAUGAAUGACGGGAUGAUGAUGAUGAUGAUUAUGGUGAUGAUGAUGAUG